CUCAACUCCAUCCAGCCGGUCUCAGUGCGGCGGCAUCGGGUACAGGUUGGCAGCUGGCGGCGCGCACUGCGAUCCGAUCCGAUCCGAGUCUCGUCGCUCUUCACCCCGGCGCUCGAACCGUGGAAUUAUGAGCAGAGCACAGGCUGCCUCCGUCGCCCUGUCCUGAGCCCGUUUCCGUUCCACGCGUGACACAUCCACACCGAACACGAUGGAGACCGGAGUCCGCAUUUUUUUGCUGUUCCUCCUCCAGCAGGCUGCCGAUGUGGGUUGCCGACAGGAAGGACGCCGUGAGGGUUGUGUUCCCGGUUUCCAGGUCAAACAGUACCAGGUGGCAUAUCGGAGAACUUUCCAGAAAGGCCUGCCGCUCCUGCAAGUUGAAUUUGAUGACUGUGCGGGUAACGAGGAUGUGGCCUUCGAGGUGUCCGUUCCCGGCUUCCACGUCGACGGAGAUUUGAAUUUGGUUCCCCUGCGAGAUGUCAGAUACAGCAGACCGGUCCUGUUCAUCCACGGCCUCGGCGUGCAUGCAGAUGACGUGGCGCAGGUGGACAUCACCGGACUAGCGAGCGAGACGCAGCGUGAUCUCAAGGAGAUUGUUGGUCUGCCACACAGAUGGAAAAGAUCCCUGCUGGUUCCUCCUAUGAUUGUCACCGAGAACCAGCGAGCCCCGUUCCCAAGGAUCAUUGGCAGGGUGAUUUCAACAGAGAAAUCCUGGGACCACAUCUUCCGACUCACGGGCCCUGGUGCGGACCGGGAUCCCAAAGGUCUCUUCACCAUCGACAUCGACACGGGAGACGUGUCAGUCACCCGCUCGCUGGACCGGGAGGCCAUUGAUUCCUACCAGCUGGAAGUGUCGACCACGGACCUAAACGGAAACCUUGUGGAGGGGCCAGUAAUUCUGGUGAUCACGGUCAUCGACCAGAAUGACAACCGACCCAUAUUCAAAGAGACCCGCUACACAGGAGAGGUGCUGGAAGGGUCCCCUACAGGAACCACAGUGAUGACGAUGAUGGCGUUUGAUGCAGACGACGCCGCCACAGACAACGCAGCUUUGCGUUACAACAUCGUUCGACAGUCUCCGGAUAAACCAUCUCCCAACAUGUUCUACAUCGAUGCGGAGAGGGGCGACAUCGUGACUGUCAUCUCACCUACGUUACUGGACAGAGAGACUCUUCCAACCACAACAUAUGAGCUCGAGAUCGUGGCCAAGGACAUGGCGGGAAGUGAAGUGGGCCUGACAGGAACGGCCACAGCGACCAUUACCAUCACAGACAAGAACGACCACGCUCCUGAGUUCACACAUCCUCUGUUCGAAGCCUACGUCUACGAGGGCUCGACCGGCGUGGUGGUGAACCUGACAGUGGAUGAUAGAGAUGACCCAGCCACGGGCGCAUGGAGGGCGGUCUACUCCAUAAUCAACGGAGAUCCCACACGGAGCUUUGAGAUUCAAACCAACCCAGACAAUAACGAGGGAAUGCUGUCCGUCAUCAAGCCUCUGGAUUAUGAAGGCACUGCGUUCCAUAAGAUCUACAUCAAAGUGGAGAACGAGGACCUUCUGGUUCCCGAUGUCGGCUACGGCCCCAGUUCUACAGCAACCGUUCAAGUCAGAGUUUUGGACAUUAAUGAAGGUCCGGUCUUCUUCCCUGACCCGCUGAUCGUCACCAGGAUGGAAAACAUUCCGGUGGAAAGCUUUGUAGCCGCUCUCAAUGCCACCGACCCGGACACGUUACAGUUACAAAGCGUCAGGUACGCGAUCCUGAGAGAUCCGGCAGGCUGGCUGACUGUCAACCAACUGCGAGGAACUGUCAACACUUUGGCCUCUCUGGACCGUGAAUCUCCUUAUGUCCAUGACAAUAAAUACACAGCGGCGUUCAUUGCCAUCGACAACGGAAGUCCUCCGGCGACCGGCACCGGGACGUUGAUCAUCUACCUGGAGGACUACAACGAUAACGCCCCCUACGUGGUACCGUCAGUAGCGCAAGUGUGUGAAGACGCGCAUGAUAUGAACGUGGCCAUAGUGGGUGGACGGGACAAGGAUCUACCGCCCAACGGGGCCCCGUUCAACAUAGAACUGGGAAAGCAACCCGGACUAGAUAAAACAUGGAAAGUCACCAGAGUCAACUCCACACAUUCCCAAAUCAUGCUGCUGCAAAGUCUGAAGAAAGCCAACUAUCAGCUUCCGUUGAUCAUCAGCGAUUCAGGGGUGCCUCCGAUGUCCAACAACACAGAGGUCAAAGUUCAGGUGUGCGUCUGCAAGAAGAACAAGAUGCUCUGCAGCUCCGCCCACUCGCACCACGCCAGCCUUCUCAUCAUGCUAACAACGCUCGUGCUCGCCCGACCCUGCCUGUAGCUUCUGCCAAAUGGUCCCGUUUGCAAGAUCGGAAAGCGCCGACUUAUCUCCCCGCACACAACGCUGGCUUUGCAGAGAGAGAGAGGAGGAAAGAGAAGACGCUAGAAAAAGUCUCGACACCGUGAAAAAUCAAACAUGACAAUACACACAAUCCCCACCAGCUCAGCCGUUGUGGAAAAAACACUUAUCUCCUUGCGACACUUGUCUCCUUUCUUCAUCGCUUCUUUCCUCACUCCUUUCCGACAUCGUAUCACGUCAUCUUUAGCUGCUUCGGCAUUCUGUCCCAUUCCUGCCCUCACCCCGGAUGCCACUGAUUAUGCAAUCACGUUCUUUUUACACUCUUCACCAUAAUGCAUUUUUACACGCUGGUAGAGUGGGGGUCUCCUGGCGGCGUGGAAAAUGUGUCCCUGCAGAAAGUGCCGUUUUUGGAGAUCAGCAAAGAAAAGACCGAGGGUGUUUCGUGAUCCCGAUUGGAUUGUCAUUAGUUAGCAUGUCAUGUCUGUCAAUAUGCUAUUGAUGAAAUGUCUCAUUGCUACUGAUGCGGUGCCGAUACGUUUGUAUUAUUUAAGUACCCACAUUAAGUACCCACAACUGGCCAUCACUUUCAGACAUGUGACAUGAGGUCCACCUGCACAAUUAAAACAUAACAACAAAAGCAGUAUUGCAAAUUCCACAUAAAUUGACCAUUGACUUAGGUAUGAUUGAGUGCAGUUCUACACCACCAUUAAUCCUUUUUUGGACUGUGUCAAUCAAAUGUAACGAUUCAAGUGAUUCUCCGCCACUUGUGUGAGUGUAUCCUAGGAAGCGGUCAUUGAGUGUACGUAGAUUCAAACCAUCGAUGAGUGGCUAGCACCGUUGCCUCACAUCAAGAAGGCUUGGACUUCUAGCUGUGAAUACGAUUCACAUUGGCCUCUAUGUGUCCACCCAGGGAUUGGCGGGGCGGGGGGGCAGUCCCGGCUACGUUCUCACUGCAGGGUAUGGUACCCAGUUUUGUUCAAAUCCUUUGUGACUCAAUUGUGAGUCAGGACUUGACUCGAACUUUAGUCUUAGACUUCAAAAUGAGAUUUUCCAUGAAUGUGUUGGCUAAAAUGGGUUGCAAAUAUUCAACUCAUGUGAUCGUCCAAUCAGGUUUAAGAACCAACAAUGAAUGUGUUGAUUACAUUUCUGUGCACUGACUAAAUCCCGAAGGCUCGGUCCACGUUCUUUUUCUGAGACUAAGUCCUGUCAAACUGGUCUUAUUUUAUUUAGAAAUGAAAAAUGCAUUUAUUGUAUUUGUCAUAUUUAAUAGAUUGUGACACUAAACAGUGCUUAUGACUUGUAAAAUUUGAAAGUCUAUGAAAAUUUCAAGCCUAUGACUUUGGACUUGACUCAACGUCCUGAGACCUGACAUUGACUUGGACUUGCAAAGCGGACUUUGGACAAAUGUGAGAACAAAAAACAUCAGCAUUGACCUGCAGUGUGAACAUAGACUUUAUCAUCCGGGGGGGGGGCAGAUGCUGCACAUUCAUCACUUCAUCAGCCAUCCUGAUGAUUGAUCCACUCCUCAUUUCCAUCCUUCUCCUCCCUCCCCAGCACGCCCCGCCUCCUUUCCCUCGUGCCGCCAAACCCGGCAAAGGCUGAGCUAGCGUCCUGGAGGGCAUCGAACGUUGGCUUUUUUGAUGUGUUCUUUUCUAUUCUCAGCAGGCCGUGUUUGAUGUAGUUUCCCGUUUGGGAGGGGCGAUGGUGCCUGCUUGUUCGUCUGCAGUGGUCGUGGUCUUUUAGGACAAGGUGGUAGCCAAUAAGCCUUUAAAGUCCCAAACUCUGGAGUCCUUUCUUCCAUUUCUCUCUUUUUAUCGCAUUAGUUGUCAUGGAGUGGAAACAGUAUCUCUUUAUAGUAACGGUGUCAACCUUUCAAAAAUGACUAUGAGCAAAAUAUUUUAUUUUUUACCAUUGUAUAGACAUACAGUAUUGAUUAACUUAUGUACUUUGAUUGCAAGUUAUUUGGUCCCCCACGCCGUGAGUGAAUAAAAGAAGAUUUUUAGGGUUUUUUUCAGUGAAAUGGAACACUAUUUUUAAUGCCAUUGGUGUCCGUGUUGACUUUUCCAUUGUAACAUCUUUGCUGUUUUGCUUUUCUUUAUUAUUGUGAUUAAUUGCAAAAUAAGAAAUCUUAACUUUUGGAUGCCCACGUGUUUAGGUUAAAGCGUUCCUCCGCUGGUCUCCCUCCAUCUCUUUUACAAGUCCUAGGAAAGAUGUUCCCGAAAACAAAGGAUGUGUUUGUGGUGUGUAGUUGAUGUUUUCUCUCCUGCCUGCACUCAAGAGACGAUUGAGUGGGGCCUCGAGUGGAAAGCAACCUCAAAGAAAAAGAAGACAUUCUGACCGAGUUAUGUCUUUUGCACUAAUUUAAUAAAGCCGUUACUGAAAAUUAACAUAUGCUGCGGCUGUGCAUUCAUUUGUCUGAUGAUGCGACCCGACAAAAACAUACGGUACCCAAUGCGGUUGUGGAGAAUGUGGGUUUCGUGUCACGUCUGAGCAUCGUGGCAAGCGAGGUGAGUAGUAAAAAUGGCGCAUGUCAUGGUUGCCGUGGAGAAAGUAAACUUCAAAACAAUGUCAGUUAUUAUUUUGACUUCAUCCUUCCAGCCUCCUGCCAGUUAUUCCUGGAAAUGCCAAUAGCAACUAUAACAUCCAAUAAUAAUAAUGAUGCUAAUAUCCUCCAUCCGCCUUCUCCCACUGAGCCAUUCCAACUCAUUAAUUCCCUCCUAGAUGAUCAUUUAGCACCUAUUAACACAGGAUCCUUAUCUGUAAUGACCACUCAAUUAUCAUUUUCACUCUCAUUGGGCGCCGCCUCAGCAAGGUUAAGUAACGCCCUCAACCUGUGACAAACGUUCAAUGGGCCAUUGGCAGAUAUUGCUGGUAAUUACACCAGGAAUACAUUCA